ACGAAGCUCCUGUUGCAAACUCGUCUGUCAGACAGGUACAAUCGCUUUGUCCUCAUUCAUCUGCUCGACAUUAGCCAUUCUGCACGAAGGACCGCCACACGUCGACAUUGAAGCACCCUCGGCUAUAAGCCGACGCACAUUAGCCCAACUCGCACAGGAUGAAGGCACGCUGCUCACCGUCGCUGGCGACACUCUCUCUGCUGCUCGCAGCGUCAGUGCCUCGCGCCGCACAUGCCAUCCAGACUAUUUCGGCCGUGGGCUCGAAAUUCUUCUAUGAGGACGGCAGGCAAUACUAUAUAAAAGGAAUCGCCUAUCAGCUCGUUCCCGACGAUCCCUUGAUUGACACCGCUCAAUGCACGCGAGAUGCGGCCCGCAUGGCUGAGUUGGGCACCAACGCAAUCCGCGUCUAUCAUGUGGACCCUGAAGCCGACCACGACGGCUGCAUGAAGGCCUUCGAAGAUGCAGGCAUCUAUCUCUUUGUGGAUCUGGACACGUUCGAUACAGCGAUCUCCCAGGUCGAGCCUCAUUGGGACCAGACCCAACAUGACCGGUUCGCAGCUGUUCUGGAUGAAUUCCAACAAUAUAACAACACGGCCGGAUUUUUCGUCGGCAACGAAGUCCUCACCACCAAGGAUGGCUCUGCGGCCGCGCCAUACGUGCUAGCCGCCGUUCGCGACAUGAAAUCCCACCGCGACGAGAAGGGAUACCGCCCGAUUCCCGUGGGCUACUCUGCAGCCGAUAUCGCAGAGCUGCGGCCCAUGCUGCAGAACUACCUGGCCUGUCGGUCUGACCCCGCCGAGCGACUGGACUUCUUCGCCCUGAACGCCUACGAAUGGUGUGGGGAGUCGACCUUCACCCAAUCCGGGUAUGAGUCUCUCCAGAAGCAAGCCGAGGGCUACCCCGCCCCAAUCUUCUUCUCAGAGACCGGCUGCAAUGUCGCGCGGCCGCGGACUUUCGGCGACCAGGCCGCCAUCUUCGGCCCCGAAAUGGCGGACACCUGGUCAGGCUCGAUGAUCUACGAGUGGAUCGAGGAGACCAACGAUUACGGGCUAGUGAACUACGGCCCUCCUCCACCGCCUCCGGCCGCGGACGCACCCGCCGCCGCCGCGGCCACUACAAACGGGCCCCUCGUGCAGGAUGGCUUCGUCCGCCAGGGCGAACCCACCCCCGUCGCACCGGACUUCGACAACCUCAAAGCGCAAUGGGCCACUCUGAACCCCACCGGCGUCGCUCUAUCCGACUACGCCGCCUCCACCUCCACCAUCACCCCGCCAGCGUGUCCCGCCUCUACCGCCGGUGGAUGGGCCGUCGACCCCAGCGCGCCGCUGCCGACCUUAGGCCAAGCGGCUUCAUCCCACCGCGCGGCACCGACAGGCGCGGUGGCCGGCGACUCCUCCUCCAAGGAUGACAGACCCCCGCGGCAGCAGAAGGAGGUCGAUGCCUCGGACGCCAUGUCCGCGUCCUCGGCGCAGACCAUCCUCCCCUCCUACGAGCUCAGCAACGGAGCCGGUUCCUUUGCGAUCCUUCGCGAGGGCAGCCUCAACCGCGCCAUCGAGGUGUCCCUCGCUCUGUGCACGGUGGUCGGAGGCCUGGCGCUGUGGUUAUGAUCCCUGGUGAUCUGACGUGUAUUACGCAACCUUUUUUGAGUAUUUCGCUUCUGACGGUGUCCCGGCGUUGUCCUGCUUCGAAAUCCAGGUGAUUUCUUAUUAUUCGCGGUUCCUCCUUCAUGUUUUGUCUUGGAAUCUUUCUUCAUGCAUUGUCGUGUAGACUCAGCCCAAGCGCGGUUGGCCACUGGAUGGCCACCCCUCAUCAAUACAGUAUUAGUUAAAACAUAGCCAUAAAAUAUACAUUGACCCCGCGAAGAGAUUUUCCAUGCACGCGAUUCCUGCACAGUGGUUACACACAUUCAGU